AUGAGCAGUCCAGUUGAAACUAAAACUGAAUACAAAGUUCCUCAGUACACUAUGUCUGAUUACUUCAAGUUUGCCCUUGCCGGUGCUAUUGGUUGUGGUUCCACCCACUCUUCCUUAGUUCCUAUUGAUGUUGUUAAGACCAGAAUUCAAUUAGAACCAACUGUUUAUAAUAAGGGUAUGGUUGCUUCUUUCAAGAAGAUUAUCGGUGAAGAAGGUGCUGGUGCUUUGAUGACUGGUUUCGGUCCAACUUUAUUAGGUUAUUCCAUUCAAGGUGCUUUCAAAUUCGGUGGUUAUGAAGUUUUCAAGAAAUUAUUUGUUGAUACAUUAGGUUACGAGACUUCUGUUAACUACAAGAACACUAUUUAUAUGGGUUCUGCCGCCGCUGCUGAAUUUAUUGCUGAUAUUGCUUUGUGUCCUUUGGAAGCUACUAGAAUUAGAUUGGUUUCUCAACCUACAUUUGCUAAUGGUUUAGUCGAUGGUUUCUCUAGAAUUAUGAAAGAAGAAGGUGUCGGUUCUUUUUACAGAGGUUUUACCCCAAUCUUGUUCAAGCAAAUCCCAUACAACAUCGCUAAAUUCUUGGUUUAUGAACGCGCUGCUGAAUUGUACUACGGUAUUGCUGGUCCAAAAGAAACUUUAUCUCAAGCUCUAAACACUGGUAUUAACUUAUUAGCUGGUUUGACUGCUGGUUUGGCUGCUGCUAUUGUCUCUCAACCUGCUGAUACUUUGUUAUCCAAGGUCAACAAGACUCCAAAGGCUCCAGGUCAAUCUACCAUCGGUUUGUUAGCUCAAUUAGCUAAACAAUUAGGUUUUGUCGGUUCUUUCAGUGGUUUACCAACUCGUUUGGUUAUGGUUGGUACUUUGACUUCCUUACAAUUCGGUAUUUAUGGUACUUUGAAGAAAUCUCUAGGUUGUGCUCCAACCAUCGAAAUCGGUGGUGGUGGUCACUAA